CACUCCUUUGCCUAUCAUUCAUUCCAUUCAAAGCUUUUCCAAAAUCCAGAAGAUGGAGGCCACAGCAUUGUGUGGCAGCAGAGGACCUCCAUUCAGAAUGAAAGCAGCAGCAGCAGCUAUAUCACAUACUAAUUCUUCACCUCUUCUAAUCAAAUCCAUGGCCUCCCAGAAGCCUUUGCCAUCAGCUGCCAAGACUGUUAGCUCUAGAAAGAGCUCAAAUGUCUUCCCCCCUGGCGAGCAAGGCCCUAGAAGCCGCCCACUCGCAACCUCACCUCCAAUUAAGCUACUGACAAGGGUGGAGCAACUUAAAUUACUAACCAAAGCUGAGAAAGCAGGCUUACUUUCAGCAGCAGAGAAGUUUGGCCUCUCCUUGUCAACAAUAGAGAAACUGGGGCUACUCUCGAAGGCAGAAGAAUUGGGAGUCCUCUCAGCAGCUACAGACCCGGGAACCCCAGGGGCUUUGUUAAGCCUUAGCCUGGGACUGCUGUUUUUAGGACCCUCUUGUGCCUAUCUUGUGCCCGAGGAUUACCCUUGGGAGGUUGCUUUGCAAGUUGCAGUUGUUCUGCUUUGCGUAGCUGGUGGAUCUGCAGCCUUUGCAGCUUCAAAUUUUGUAUCCAACUUGCAGAAAUCAAAUUGAUUUUCAUUUGCCAAA